CGAGCGGACCACAAUAAAAUAUAAUUAAAAUGCGCGGGAUUCUUCAGUUUGUUUUUCUCGCUAAAGUAAUCCAUAUAGUGGGAUCCCACAAUGUACGGGAAUCUGUUGCGGAAGUGGAAUCAGAUUCGGAGGUUGAAUCUGGACAGUUCUUUAGCCAUCUGUAUAAGAGCAAUCUGCAGCAGAUGGUGAAAAUCAAGAAUGACUCACUGGAUCCGUGUGAUGAUUUUUAUGCCCACGCUUGUGGAAAUUUCGAACAAACAAUGGAAGAGGAUCCAGAUGAAACCUUGCCACCGUAUCUCUAUAACAAACAGGACAGGAUGACCUUCUUUUCGGCUCAGGUUGGCAAUUUUGAGACUCCACCUGGCAAAUUGAUUUCACAACUUUAUGCGGAGUGUCGAAAGAGGGGCGAGAACCAUGUUUUCGGUGUAAGCCCUUCAAGAUCCCAUUAUGGGCGUCUUCUGGAGGAGAUUCCCUUCCUGGCCGCACAUAAAGAGGUGCUCUCUUCUUGGCCAUUUCUCAGACAUCAAUGGGAGCGAAGGCAUCUUAAUGGGCAACUUAAUUGGAUCGUGCUGUCAGCCCAACUGGCAGCUCAUGGUUUACCCACUCUACUCCGUAUUUAUUUUGCCCUGGAAACGAUUUAUGUGAGUCCAAUGGAGGAUCUGCCCUGCCCGAGUGUGGAUGAGUUCAAAUCAAGCCUCUCUGAUGUUUUAAAGGGUCGUCAUCGUCAGGUGUCACAUAUAAUAGCCCAUGAGAUGAGGGUUCUAUGUCGCGGAAUGAGAGGAGAACUCUCAUUGGUUAGGAGUUUGACCAGCAAUAGAGGUACCACCACUUCCAAACCCAGGCAGGAACAGCUCCUGCUGGAUGAAAAUACCAUAGACUAUUUUCAAAUCUUUUUUGCGGCACUAAACUUUUCCAAAGAGCAGCUGGAAAUAGCUCGAAAAUUUCCCCUCGAUGUGGAGAAGAUCAGCCAGGCCUGGGAUGUGCUAAGGCAGACAGAACCCCGAAUAGUUUACAACUAUGUGAUGUGGCAGGCCAGGGAACAACUCCGGUAUCCGGAUUGCUAUAAAAUAUCCGAGGAAUUCGAGAGGUUGUUGCAUUCGGAAUACUGGCAAUGGCAUGUCUUAAAUUCCCAUCUGAGUCGAGAGGUUGCUUUAGCCUCCUAUCAAUUGCAUACGACUCGAUUUCAGAAGCUGAGAAGAUCCAAUCUCUCCAGGAGAGAUUGGUUUGGUCACUUGUGGCCAGCUUCGGUGGAGAAAAAAGAGCUUCAGGUGGCACGCAUCCUUCAAGCACAUGCUCAAAACUAUCUCAAUAUAACUGAGCUUAAUGAAACCUACGGAAAUUUGGGUUUCGUUAAUAACUCUUUCCAUGGAAAUCUUUUGAUCCUUAGACGGGCUCAACUACGUCAUAGUUUCGUAUCGCCCUAUGUGGACGAGGAGGAUGUGAACCAGUCAGCCUAUUUCCUCAGGCAUUUUCUCCACUUCGUGCUGCUUUCAUUGCAUCGUCCAACUUAUCAUUAUUAUGCCACCCAGGGCUUGGAGCUUUGGAGGCAAUCGCGUCUUCUUUUGGACACCGAUGGUCGCUAUUCCGCCAUGGAUUGCCUUGAAAAACAAUCUUUCCAGAACUACAAUGCAGAAUCAGCUCCUAUUUAUCGACCACUCAGUUCGGAGGAGAUCGGGGAGAUCUUUCACUUCUAUCGAUCGUUUCAGGCCUCUUACAGGGACUAUCACUUCUGGCUUCAAGGUGAAAGAUUCGCCUUUGCCGAGACCUUAGUGCUGCAGUUCUUCGGAUUGGAUCCGCAGAAGGUGCCCUUCUAUGCGGUGGCCCAACAAUUGUGCAAUCGGCAGACGGAGAUCUUCGCCGCUCAACUGAAUAGGGGAUACAUGAACAUGCCUGAAUUCCAGAACGCCUUCAAGUGCCGAACCGAGAAGCCAAUGAAUCCCUCAUCCAGAUGCAUGAUCAACAUGUGUGAAUAGCAGUGUAUUGCUUAAACAAUAAAAUACAAGUAUUAUACAACGAUAUUUUAAGCAUAGUUAAAAUAUAUAGAAUUUCGGGUGAGGUGUUAAAGCCCAAUUAAUAAUUUGUUU